UAUUUCCAAGUCUGGUGUGGCAGUAGUUGCCUCUUCUGCCUCGUCGCCGCACGAUGGUUUACACGACGCUGCUGGUGGUCGCUGCCACCCUCCUAGCUGGCGCUGCUUCAGACAUGUAUUCCGCACCUUCCCCAUUGGGUGCCACUUACUGUCCUGAACCAGCAGAUAUUUAUCCCUGCGUCUGUAAAGAGCAAGAUAUCCACAUUGAUAUGGACUGCUCUGAAAUACAAGAUAAUGAUCAGCUCCAGAGAAUCUUCCAUUCUUCUAUACCUUUUGAUACUUACCGCGAUUUUAUUAUCAUGAAGAACACCACCGAGGAACGUGUCCAGAUCUCUUACCUUACCAAAGAAACCUUCGCCAACGUAUCGUUUUCUUCCAUCUUUAUUAGUCAUACAACUCUUGACUAUAUUUCAUCUGACGCCUUCGAGAAUUCCUACUCUCGACUGGAGACAGUGAUUAUCACAGACAGCUUCCUGACCACUUUCCCAUUUGAUAUGCUAAGCAGUUGCCCGGUGCUGACAGAUAUACGCCUGUUCAGGAACAGCAUCAACCAUAUGGCAGACAUUCACUCAGACAGCCUCAAGUAUCUACAUAUGUCUUACAACCCCAACCUGCAGUACAGCGACGAAGCUUUCAUAGACGCCCCGGCCUUGGAAUAUCUCAUUCUGAAUGAUAUCGACCUCAAACAUGUAGCCAGAAACGCCUUCACGGACUUGCCACCGUUGAAAUAUCUUGACUUAAGCCACAAUUUGCUUCAGACUCUCUAUGAACGUUCACUUACGUUCGAUAAAACUCUCGACCAACUCAAACUGGACUCAAACCAAAUUAACAUUGUUCAAGCUGAUUCAAUUUCAGG